GGCUGCCGGUGGCCUCCCGGGAAGCUGGAACUGCGCGAAAGAAAGCAGUGGUGGGGCUGCGGGAUUCAGCAUUGACUGCUGUAUUGAGUGACGGAAGAGCAGUUUCUGAACAUCUUUAUUGUCCUUUGCCCUUGAAAUAUUUGUGAACCACUAGAGUUUCAGCCAGCUUUCAGACAAGAUGAAGACUGUGCUCAUGGUUGCAGAAAAGCCCUCUUUGGCCCAGUCCAUCGCCAAGAUUCUCUCUCAAGGGAACAUGUCCUCACACAAAGGGCUGAAUGGAACAUGCUCGGUGCACGAGUAUACUGGAACCUUUGCUGGCCAGACAGUCCGUUUCAAAAUGACGUCCGUCUGUGGUCAUGUGAUGACUCUGGACUUUUUGGGAAAGUACAACAAGUGGGACAAGGUGGACCCUGCAGAACUUUUCAGCCAGGCCCCCACAGAAAAGAAAGAAGCUAACCCCAAGCUGAACAUGGUGAAGUUCUUGCAGGUAGAGGGCAAAGGCUGCGACUACAUCGUGCUGUGGUUGGACUGCGACAAAGAGGGGGAGAACAUCUGCUUUGAGGUCCUGGAUACUGUGCUGCCCGUCAUGAACCAGGCCCGCAGCAAUGAGAAGACUGUGUUCCGGGCCAGGUUCAGCUCCAUCACAGACACAGACAUCUGCAAUGCCAUGGCCCGCCUGGGUGAGCCAGACCACAAUGAGGCGCUCUCGGUAGAUGCCCGGCAAGAACUGGACCUGCGCAUAGGCUGCGCCUUCACCAGGUUCCAGACCAAGUACUUCCAGGGGAAAUAUGGCAAUCUAGAUAGCUCCCUCAUCUCCUUUGGGCCUUGCCAAACCCCCACCCUGGGAUUCUGUGUGGAGAGACAUGAUAAAAUCCAGUCCUUCAAGCCAGAGACUUACUGGGUGCUGCAAGCCAAGGUUAAUGCUGAUAAAGACAGAUCCCUCCUUCUGGACUGGGACCGAGUGCGAGUGUUUGACCGGGAGAUUGCACAGAUGUUUCUAAACAUGACCAAGUCAGAGAAGGAAGCCCAGGUGGAAGCCACAAGCAAGAAAGAAAAGGCCAAGCAGAGACCCCUGGCCCUGAACACUGUGGAGAUGCUGCGUGUGGCCAGCUCUUCUCUAGGCAUGGGGCCACAGCAUGCCAUGCAGACGGCUGAGCGGCUCUACACACAAGGCUACAUCAGCUACCCCCGGACAGAGACAACUCAUUACCCUGAGAACUUUGAUCUCAAAGGUCCUCUGCGACAGCAAGCCAACCACCCCUACUGGGCUGAUACAGUGAAGCAGUUGUUAACAGAAGGUAUCAACCGCCCACGGAAAGGCCAUGAUGCUGGGGACCAUCCACCCAUCACUCCCAUGAGGUCUGCCACAGAAGCAGAAUUAGGGAGUGAGGCGUGGCGGCUCUAUGAGUACAUCACCAGACACUUCAUUGCCACUAUCAGCUAUGACUGCAAGUACCUGCAGAGCUCCAUCUCCUUCCGGAUUGGGCCUGAGCACUUCACCUGCACAGGGAAGACUGUCAUCUCUCCAGGCUUCACAGAGAUCAUGCCCUGGCAGAGCAUACCCUUGGAGGAGAGCUUGCCCACCUGCCAGCGGGGUGACGCCUUCUCUGUGGGGGAGGUGAAGUUGCUGGAGAAGCAGACAACCCCCCCUGACUACCUGACUGAGGCCGAGCUCAUCACGCUCAUGGAAAAGCAUGGCAUCGGGACGGAUGCCAGCAUUCCUGUGCACAUCAACAACAUCUGCCAGCGGAACUACGUCACCGUGGAGAGCGGGCGCCGACUCAAGCCCACCAACCUCGGCAUCGUGCUGGUGCAUGGCUACUAUAAGAUUGAUGCAGAGCUGGUGCUUCCUACCAUCCGCAGCGCAGUGGAGAAACAGCUGAAUCUGAUCGCUCAGGGCAAGGCUGACUACCGCCAGGUCCUGGGCCACACCCUGGACAUCUUCAAGAGGAAGUUCCACUAUUUUGUCGACUCUAUUGCUGGCAUGGAUGAAUUGAUGGAGGUGUCUUUUUCACCCCUGGCGGCCACAGGGAAGCCCCUCUCCCGAUGCGGGAAGUGCCACCGAUUCAUGAAAUACAUCCAGGCCAAGCCCAGCCGCCUACACUGCUCCCACUGUGAUGAGACCUACACCCUCCCCCAGAAUGGCACCAUCAAGCUCUACAAAGAGCUCCGGUGUCCACUGGAUGACUUUGAGCUGGUCCUGUGGUCAUCAGGCUCUCGGGGCAAGAGCUACCCACUGUGUCCAUAUUGUGCCAACCACCCACCUUUCCGAGACAUGAAGAAAGGCAUGGGCUGCAAUGAGUGCACUCACCCCACCUGCCAGCACUCCCUGAGCAUGCUGGGCAUCGGCCAAUGUGUGGAGUGCGAAAACGGGGUACUGGUGCUGGACCCCACCUCGGGACCCAAGUGGAAGGUGGCCUGCAACAAGUGCAAUGUGGUGGCUCACUGCUUUGAUAACGCCCACCGGGUGCGGGUGUCCCCCGAAACCUGCAGCAUCUGCGAGGCCGCCCUUCUGGACGUGGACUUCAACAAGGCCAAGUCCCCACUCCCAGGCGACGAGACGCAGCACACAGGCUGUGUCUUCUGUGACCCCAUCUUCCAGGAGCUGGUGGAGCUGAAGCAUGCAGCAUCCUGCCACCCCAUGCACCGAGGUGGCCCAGGGAGGAGGCAGGGCCGGGGGCGGGGCCGGGGCCGGCGGCCACCAGGGAAGCCCAGUGCCAGGCGGCCAAAAGACAAGAUGUCAGCCCUGGCCGCCUACUUUGUAUGACAGCCUCACAGCCCCUCUCCUGGGCUCCACACUGUUGGCUCUUUGGGCCACAGAAAUCAUUAAAACAAUCUAUCUUCUCUAGA